AUGCUCAUCACUACCACCAUGUUCGCUCCACGGUUCGAUCCUGAUGCGGAAGUCGUUGAAAAAGCUUCUUCAAAAGUGCUUCUCCGAAAGCGUAAAUUGAGUAAUGCCUCUGUUGAUCUGGAAGCUGAUAAUAGUGGUGAGGAGGAUAGUAGCAGCGAUAGUUCUAGUGACAGUUCGGACAGCAGCUCUGAUAGCAGUGAUAGCAGUGAUAGCGAGAGUGAUAAUGAAGAGGAUACACAAACUCCAAUUCCUGAAACACCACUAAAUAGUGUUCUGACAGAGGAUAACAUGGAUGUUGACCUUCCAGAAGCUCAAUCUCAAGCAUCAGAAUACAAUGCAGAUGCACAAAUGGAAGAAAUUGUUGCUGCUGAUGAUGACUAUACCAGCAGACAUUCCAAAAUCUUUGACAAGUUCAAGAAUAUUCGUGCCUUGGAGUCCGCUGGCAAUGAUACAGAAUCAAUGGAGGAUGUCCCCACUCAACAAUUGACACCAAUGCCGCAACCAGAGCUCCCCAAAGACGAAGAACUCAUAGCCACACUGACAUAUCUGAAAAACCUAGAUUGGCUUGCUAAACCGGCAUACUCUGCGCCUGGCACUGUGCGUCCUUUUUCCGAUUUCGAUUUGAGCCCUUUAAUACAAAAGAAUUUGGCAAAACUUGGCUACAAAGAAGCGUUCUCGGUGCAAUUAUCUGUUUUGAAGAUUUUACUAGAAGACAUCAAAAAAAAUAAGCUUUCUCCUGAUUUCAGAGGCGAUGUACUUGUCAAUUCCUCGACAGGUUCGGGUAAGACGCUAGCCUAUGCCAUUCCAAUUGUACAAGCACUCCAAAAUCGUACUGUUCCGAGAGUCCGGGCGAUUGUUCUCGUGCCCACUAAACCUUUGAUUGUUCAGGUUGCAACUACUCUCCGUGAACUCUCUCAAGGUACAUCUCUUUCCAUUGUCAAUUUGACAAACGACAGAUCCCUAAAAGAAGAGGCUUCAAGAUUGAGGGCAAAUGUUCCUGAUGUGAUUGUUACCACACCCGGUAGAUUGGUCGAUCAUUUAUCCCUGGGAAGUGUUUCACUCGAAGCUCUCCGAUUUUUGAUUGUCGACGAGGCUGAUCGUUUGCUUUCACUGUCCUACCAAGAUUGGAGUCAAGUGGUGGUUUCACAUAUCGAGAAAUACUUCGGUACCUCGAGAAAUCUUGCCACGACUUGGAACUUGGCACCUCAAAAAUUAAUUUUUUCGGCCACUUUGACAACUGAUGCCGGUAAAAUGGCUAUGUUGAAAUUAUCAAAACCUAGAUUGGUCGUUGUUAACUCUGUGGAUCGCCCAAUGACUGAGAUGUUCUCUGUUCCAACCACUUUGACUGAAUACAAGUUGAAAUUUCUUUCGCUGCAGACGGUUCAAAAACCUUUGUUGCUUCUCAAGUUUUUACUCAGCACGCAUAGGUUCAAUUCGGUGCUUAUAUUUGCGAAGUCGAAUGAUGCUACGAUUCGUUUGACAAAAAUCUUUAAUGAGCUCUUGCCUAAACUCUGUGUUGGUAAAAAAAUGACCGCAGCAUUUUUGAACUCCACAAACAAUCAAAGCUCCAUUAGAUCUAGAAUUUUGCGAGACUUUGACGAGAAGAAAGUCAAUUUUUUGGUCGCUACAGAUUUGAUUUCUCGUGGUAUUGAUGUGUCAUCCAUCUCAUGUGUUGUGAAUUACGAUCUUCCUUCAUCUGCGCGUGACUUUGUUCAUAGAGUCGGUCGUACGGCCAGAGCAAAUUCUUCUGGUGAUGCCGUAUCUAUGUGUUUUGGUGAUGGUGAAUUGAAAUGGUUUGAAACGUUAAUGAACGAUGUUGGAAGAUCUGGCAUGGUCUAUGAGGUCGAGGCACCACAUACAGAGAGGUUUGAAGAAAAGAUUUACGACGACGUCAUGGAGGAGUUCCAGAAGAGUUUAUAG